AGAACGGCUGAGGACGGUUGCCUGGUGUCAUUAGCAAGCGGCAAGUAUGGCGGUAGCACGAGCCGACGGGGCUCUGGCUCCGGGAGAAGGAUCAGUGGUGAACUGGUCAGGGCAGGGACUACAGAAAUUAGGUCCCAACUUGCCCUGUGAAGCUGAUGUUCACACAUUGAUUCUGGAUAAAAAUCAGAUUAUUAAACUGGAAAAUCUAGAGAAAUGCAAACAGUUGAUACAGUUGUCAGUGGCUAAUAAUCGGCUGGUUCGGAUGAUGGGUGUGUCCAAACUGACUCAACUCCGGGUCUUAAAUUUACCUCACAAUAGUAUUGGCUGCAUGGAAGGGCUGAAGGACCUAGUCCAUUUGGAAUGGCUGAAUUUAGCAGGAAAUAAUCUGAAGACCAUGGAGCAAAUCAACAAUAGCUGUACAGCUCUACAACACCUUGAUUUGUCAGACAAUAACAUACCCCAGAUAGGUGAUCUGUCAAAACUGUUGUCCUUGAAGACCUUGCUUUUACAUGGGAACAUCAUCACUUCUCUUAGAAUGGCACCUGCGUAUCUACCCAGAAGCCUUUCUAUAUUGUCUUUGGCAGAAAAUGAAAUCCGCGACUUAAAUGAGGUCUCGUUUUUGGCCUCUUUAAGUGAGUUGGAGCAGCUGUCGAUCAUGAACAAUCCUUGUGUGAUGGCCACACCGUCCAUUCCAGGGUUUGACUAUCGGCCCUACAUUGUUAGCUGGUGCCUAAAUCUCAGAGUGCUGGAUGGAUAUGUGAUUUCUCAGAAGGAAAGUUUGAAAGCCGAAUGGCUCUAUAGCCAAGGCAAGGGGCGAGCAUACCGGCCUGGCCAGCACAUCCAGCUUGUGCAGUACCUGGCUACAGUCUGUCCUCUUAUCUCUGCGCUGGGUCUUCAAACUGCAGAGGAUGCCAAACUAGAGAAGAUUCUGAGUAAGCAGAGGUUUCACCAGAGGCAGCUGAUGAGCCAAAGCCAAAAUGAAGACUUGUCUCCUCUUGCUCCUAUUGAAACAAGGGCGCCCCUUACACCUGAGUGUUCGAGCCCUGUUCAAGACUUCCAGGAAAGUGAACCUGUUCUCCAAAUCAAUUCUUGGGUUGGGAUAAGCAGUAAUGAUGAUCAGUUCUAUGCUGUUAAGAAUAACUUCCCAGCCUCUGCACACACUCCAAGAUAUUCUCGGAACGACCUUCACCUGGAAGACAUACAGACGGAUGAGGACAAGCUCAACUGUAGUCUGCUCUCCUCAGAGUCCACUUUUAUGCCAGUUGCGUCAGGACUGUCUCCAGUAUCACCCACUGUUGAGCUGAGGCUGCAGGGCAUUAACCUGGGCCUAGAAGAUGACGAUGGUGUUGCAGAUGAAUCCACGAAAAGGCCGGAAAACCAGGACUUGGAUAAGGACAAGGAAAAGCCUUCAUGGGAUACAAGUGAGGGUUCAGUUCAGAUGCUGAAAAGUAAGAUGAGCACAGAAGUGAAUGAGAAAGCGGGGCUGUUACCCAAGUCAGCCAUCAUCAAUGCUAUCUUGAAGGAGGAUAGCCAUGGUCUUACAUCUUUUCCGGAGUCAGAUGGACACAGUGUGUCCCACAUAGAACCAAAUGGUGAAGAAACUGUGUCUCCUACCACUUCAGAAAAAUUUCCCUCCAGGAUUUUUACCCAGAGACCUGUUGCUUUGGGACAAGAUAAAGUCACCCUUCAGAAACUGAAUGCAGCUGCCACCAAGCUGCAGGCCUGUUGGCGGGGCUUUUAUACCAGGAACUACAAUCCACAAGCCAAAGGGGUGCGUUAUGAAAUCAGGCUGCGCAGAAUGCAGGAGCACAUUGUCUGCCUUACAGAUGAAGUAAGGAGAUUAAGAAAAGAAAGAGAUGAAGAGCGUGUGAAAACUUUUGUACAAGAAGAAGCUGUCAGAUUCCUUUGGAACGAGGUAAGAUCUCUACAAGCUUGGCAACAGACAGUGGAACAGCGUCUAAUUUCCUGGCAUACUGAUGUUCCUCCUAUAUCAAGUACUCUGGUGUCACCCAAACCUCCAUUGUUUCCACAACAUCAGGACCCCUCUUCUGAUCAGAAUUCUGAUUGGUUCCUUGCUGAGGAAGAAGCUCCUCAAGAGAAAUCUGUACCAGAAUUUCCAGACUCUGGUUUUCAUUCCUCCCUCACAGAACAAGUUCACUGUUUGAAGGAUUCUUUGGAUUUUGAAAAGAGUUCCAUAGAAAGCACCGAAAGCUCCAUGUUGGGGAAUUCCACGGACACAGUAAAAUAUGGCAGAGACCCCAGCUUAGAGGCCAGGACUGAGGAGCACAGUGAUUGUAGUAAGGAAGGCUCAAGCCUCGAGCAGGGUGUCAUCCUGCUCGAGCAGUAUUUAGCGUCAGUCCAGCAGCGAGACGACGUUGAUGAGAGCAUAGGUUCUGAGGAUGUGGCAGGAGACGGGAAGUGCCAUGCAGCUUCUUCUCUGCCAGGGUCAGACGCCUCGUCUCACAGUGAAGUUCACAGAGUAUCUCCCACUUUACAGGAUGAGAUUAGCCAGACACCAGAGAACUGUAAGUUAAAUGCAGACGUUCAAGGGCAGCAGCCGGAAUGUGAUGCUGCAUUUCAGGUGUUGCAUGUGGGUGUCACUGUGUAACCUGUCUGAUUUAACUGGGGAGCAGAAAUCCACUUGGGUUUUCCUAAUGUUUUCAGUUGCUUCUUUCUUUUGCUUGGGAACAAUCCUUCCUCCAUUUUGUUAUUGUUUAUAUAAAACUUGUAUUCUUGUCCCAUAUUUUUCAGAUUUGAGACAUGAGCUAAGUCUUCAUUUUGAUUGUAUUAAUGUACUAAAAAUAUUGAUAUUAAAAGGCAUAUGCACUUCAUUUCUUAAUAAUUACACAAUAAUGUUUCUUUUACAUACUUCCUUUCAAAUACAGUUUCUUGAAGUAGUUUUGGCAAUUUAAAUGGGAGAAUUUGGUCCUUAAUUACAUAGUAAGGAAUAUAGUCUGUAAGGCAUGACUAGGGUGAGGAUUAUGAACAACUGAAAUUUGCUGGACAGUCUCCUUGGACUAAAAAUGUGUUUUUCCCCUCUGCAUUAAGGAAAGCCUUCAUAUA